AUGGCUGGUAGGAAACAGGAACCUAAGAGAAGCAUCUCCAUUAUCCCCUGCUUUGUGUUUGUGGAGCUGGUGAUAAUGGCAGGCACUGUGGUGCUGGCCUACCACUUUGAAUACACCGACACUUUUCCUGUGCAUCUCCAAGGCUUCUUCUGCUACGACAGCACCUACACCAAGCCCUACCCUGGCCCCGAGGACACCAGUCGAGCACCGCCAGUCCUGGUCUACUCACUUGUCACAGCUGUGCCCACUGUAACGAUUUUUGUUGGAGAAUUGGCCGCUUUCUUCCUCCAGCCAGAAAGACGUGCAGAGAAAACAAUAAUCUCAGGCGAGUGCUGUUAUUUCAACCCCCUUCUACGCCGCAUCAUUCGCUUUUUGGGCAUCUAUUCCUUUGGCCUCUUCACUACCACCAUCUUUGCAAAUGCAGGCCAAGUGGUGACCGGCAACCAGACGCCGCACUUCCUCUCUGUGUGUCGGCCCAACUACACUGUGCUGGGCUGCCAGCCACCGCCCGGCACCGUCUACGUCACAGAUAGGGCAGCCUGCACUGGGAACCCUGCCCUCAUUGCCGCUGCCCGCAAGGCCUUCCCCUCCAAGGAUGCUGCUCUCAGCGCCUAUGCUGUGGCCUAUACUGUGAUGUACGUGACACUGGUUUUCCAGCUGAAGGGCUCCCGCUUGGCCAAACCCUCCCUGUGCCUGGCCCUCCUCUGCCCUGCUUUCCUGGUGGGCGUGGUGCGUGUUGCUGAGUACCGCAACCAUUGGUCUGAUGUGCUGGCUGGGUUCCUCACAGGUGGGGCCAUUGCUGUGUUUCUGGUGACCUGUGUGGUCAACAAUUUCCAGAGCACCUCAUUUGUGGCUGAGAAAGCUCUCCCACCUGAGAAUGUGCCCAGUGCCCCAAUUGUGGGCUUGCCCUGCAUUGACAGUUCUCUUGAAAAGUUAAAUGUGCCUCAGCAGGUGAGGGACACCCCAGAAGAACAGGAGUUUUCUACACUACUCUCAAGAGGUCUGGAAAGGCAGCUAGCGCGAUCUCUCCACUUGGCAGCGCCUGGCAGCACAGCGGUGGCCCACCCCUACGAAAUCACAGAGCUGUGUUCGCAAAGGUCACCUGAUCCACAGCUGUGUCUCUUCCCCACCACCCCAGAUGUUCUCAUUCCCUCCCGGUCAGUCACCAGCGAGGUCUGA